GCCCCAUUCCCGGGGCUAAGCGAUGGCCGCGCAUCGCGUGGGGCGGCGGCAGGGCCGGGCCGGGGGCUCCCCGGGGGGGGGUUCCUUGGGGGGGGGCUCCCCGGGGCGCCCCCCGCCCUCCGCCCGCAGCCCCGCGCUGCAGCGGCGCCCGGCCCGGGCCACGGUCAAGUACAACCGGAGGGAGCUGCAGAGGAGGCUCGAUACCGAGAGCUGGAUCGACAGCGGGCUGCAGGAGCUGUACCGGGGACGGGAGCAGGAGAUACCGGAUGAGGUGAACAUCGACGAGCUCCUGGAGCUGGAGACGGACGAGGAGCGAGCCCAAAAGCUGCAGCUCAUCCUCAAGUCCUGCAGCGCCGACCCUGAGGACUUCAUCCAACAGCUCCUGGUGCAGCUCAAGGGGCUCCCGAAGCAGCAGCUCCUGCAAAGACCCAGCCCCGAGGACCCCCCCCCAUAACCGCGGGGGGGGGGCACCCAAAGAGGGGGUACCACCUCCCCCCCAGCACCCGCUGGGCUUGUAUUUAACCUCACACCCCCCCCCCCCAAUAAACCCUCAUUGUGCCGCA